CCGCUCCCCCCCGGUGCCUCCCCCCGGUGCCCCCCCCCCCGGGUGCCGCCAGCACCAUGAGCGAGCUGAAGGACUGCCCGCUGCAGUUCCACGACUUCAAGUCCGUGGAUCACGGCAAGGUGUGCCCGCGCUACACGGCCGUGCUGGCCCGCUCCGAGGACGACGGCAUCGGCAUCGAGGAGCUGGACACGCUGCAGCUGGAGCUGGAGACGCUGCUCUCCUCCGCCAGCCGCCGCCUCCGCGUGCUGGAGGCCGAGACGCAGAUCCUGACGGACUGGCAGGACAAGAAGGGCGACCGGCGGUUCCUGAAGCUGAGCAAGGAGCACGAUGUGGGGCCCUCCGUCAAGCACGGCAAGCCCAAGAAGCAGAAGCUGGAGGGCAAAGGGGGGCACGGCACCGGGCCCGGCCCCGGGAGGCCCAAAUCGAAGAACCUGCAGCCCAAAAUCCCGGAGUACGAGUUCCAGGACGACCCCAUCGAAGUGCCCCGGAUUCCCAAAAACGAUGCCCCAAACAGGUUUUGGGCGUCGGUGGAGCCGUACUGCGCCGACCUCACCAACGAGGAGGUCCGAGUCCUGGAGGAGCUGCUCAAGCCGCCCGAGGACGAGGCCGAGCAUUACAAGAUCCCGCCCCUGGGGAAGCACUACUCGCAGCGCUGGGCCCAGGAGGACCUGCUGGAGGAGCAGAAGGACGGAGCCCGGGCUGCAGCCGCUGCCGACAAGAAGAAAGGCGUCCUGGGGCCGCUCACCGAGCUGGACACCAAAGAUGUCGAUGCCCUGCUGAAGAAGUCGGAGGCGCAGCACGAGCAGCCCGAGGACGGGUGUCCCUUCGGGCCCCUGACGCAGCGCCUGCUGCAGGCCCUGGUGGAGGAGAACAUCAUCUCCCCCGUGGAGGACUCCCCCAUCCCCGAGAUCGCCGGCAAGGACUCGGGAGCUGACGGUGCCGGCACAUCCCCCCGCAGCCAGAACAAACCCUUCAGCGUGCCCCACACCAAGUCCCUGGAGGGGCGGAUCAAGGAGGAGCUGGUGGCGCAGGGUCUGCUGGAGUCUGAGGACCGGCCCGCCGAGGACUCGGAGGACGAGGUCCUGGCCGAGCUGCGCAAGAGGCAGGCGGAGCUGAAGGCGCUGAGCGCCCACAACCGCGCCAAGAAGCACGAGCUGCUGCGGCUGGCCAAGGAGGAGCUGCACCGGCAGGAGCUGCGGCAGCGCGUCCGCAUGGCCGACAACGAGGUGAUGGACGCCUUCCGCAAGAUCAUGGCGGCGCGGCAGAAGAAGCGCACGCCCACCAAGAAGGAGAAGGACCAGGCCUGGAAGACGCUGAAGGAGCGCGAGAGCAUCCUCAAGCUGCUGGACGGGUAGCGGGGCGCUCAGCACGGCACCCCCAGCGCCUUCAGCUGACUGUCACGGGGACGAGGAGGUGGCCCUGUCCCCUGUCCCCUGCGGGGUCCCGGCGUGCCCGCGGUCCCCACAGUGUCACCCGUGGGCUGGGGACAGAGGGGGUGUGACAGCACCGUGCCACCCAGCGCCUCAGGGUGCUGCUGAGGGGCGCGUCCUGCUCCGUGCCCGGCUCUGCGGCUGCCACCGGGGCAGGAGCUGG